CCCCUCUCUCCUCGCGCACCUCCCCACUCCCUCAUCUCGCCCUCGUCAAUGUCGCGCCCCGUCGUCGGCACCGGCCUCGCGAGCUGCUGCGCCGUCCUGAGCGUGUUCGGCGCCUGUAUCCUCGGCACCCUCGGCUUCUUCUUCGAGGCCAAUGUCGAGGUCCUCAUGGGCAACAAGGAGUCGCCAAGGGACGGUCACGCCGUUGCCCUCAACUGCUGGUUCGCCUCCCUGGUCUACAUCGCCUUUGUCGUCUUUUGCACCUGCCAAGUCGGCGUCAACCGGCGGUACGCUCGCGGCUCGGUGCGACUCUGAGGAGGACGAGGCGGACCGAGGCGGGAGCGCCCGCAGAGCCUCUCGUGCACCCGCUGUUCAUGUUGUAACCCAUGCCGUGCUCGCACUC